UCGCCAUUUUUGAUCGAUAUACCGACACCACAUGUCACACAAAUGACGUGAACUCCCCAUCGUAUUUUCAAUUACGGUUGUGCAAAGUUUUCUACCCCUGUUUUAUGCAACACUCUGCACAAUCAGGCGUCACUCAACGCUAAACUUUAUUUAUGAUCAUAACCUCAGGGGACGAUGAAGCUCGCUUUAGAAUUAAUGAUCUACUUUCUGAUUCUUCUUGCAUAUGGUUCUCAAGUCGUUCUUGCUCUUCGAUGCUUUAAGUGUGAAUCCGACAGGUCAUGGAUAGAGUGUGAUCUCGAUGAGAAAAAGACAGUGGAAGAAUGUUCAGAGGAGCAAAUCCGAUGUUCUUCGAUCAUGUUGAGGGCCAAUCCAAGAGAAAAAUUAAAAUACUCGAAAGGCUGUGUUAACCGUCUUCAUAAUCCGUGUCAUCAGAAACGUGUAGACGAUUGUAGGUCCACCUUUUGUGAUAGUGAACUGUGUAACUUUGCUCUCACCCCAGAGGCCACCCUUAUUGCUUCUGGCUUCCGCUGCUUCCGUUGUAACAGCACAAAAUCUUGGGACGACUGCGUUAGCAAAGCUGAAGAAGUCUUCUGCAACACGGGCUACAGAAAGUGUUUCAAAAUGAAGUUUAGGAGGGAUAACGGCGUCAUCGAAUAUUCAAAAGGCUGCACUGUCCCUCUGGAUAACUCGUCCACUACUCGUCGUCUAGCCGAUCGUCGUGAUUUGUAUUUGUGUGGUCAACAUCUUUGCAACGGAGCGACCAUUGUUUGCUCUCCUAUGAUGGUAAUCUUUGGUCCCCUUCUCCUUGUCAUGAUGGUAUUAUUUUUUUAUCUUAAAACUGUUUGUUAGAGAAUUAAAAUCGGUUUUAAUCAGGAUCCUCUUAAAUUCCUCAAUAGAAACAUUAGACAUUGUGGAACAACUUACCUGUAGACCUAAGACAAGCGUCUUCGCUGACUGAAUUCAAAUCUAAAUUAAAUCGCCACAGUUUAAAGUAAGAUCCUAUUAAGAUCUUAAUUUUAAGUAAAUUUUAGACACGGCCUCCAUGAAAAGCUGAAUUAUCUAUUUCUUUUAUUUGAAUUGUUAUUAUCAAAUUAUUAUUGUAGUUAGAGGGAUAGGUUUCUAGUGUAGAAUUAACUAAAUCAACUGAUGGAAAAACCCUGUAUAAAUCAAGUUAGUAUAUACUAAAACAGUGGAUAGCGUUGAA